AUGUUCCACAGUGAAGAAGAUGUGGAAGAAGCCAUGACUUCUAUUGCGGAGCCACCUGACGAAAGAGACAUCUUUCUCAAUAGAUACUCAUCAUUCAAUAGAAUGAUCCGAGUCACAGCUUUCUGUUUACGAUUCAAACGAAACUUACAAAGGAAAAUUGACAAUCGCAAAAAUGGAGCAAUUAGGGAAGAACAAUCUAUUGGCAGACUGACAACCUCCGAAUUACAGGAUGCCAAAUUUCACAUCAUCAAGAUGAUCCAACAAGAAUACUUUGCAGAAGAAAUCAAUCUGCUCCAGAAACACAAGCCUCUACCAGCUAAAAGCCAGCUGAAAGAUCUUCACCCUUUCCUUGAAGACGAUAUACUGAGAGUUGGAGGACGGAUUCAAAAUUCAUUACUUCCCAAAGCAGCAAGAAAUCCGAUAAUUCUUCCCAAAUGCCACACCACGGACAUUCUUAUCAUGGAGGUCCACAAGCAAAUGCUACAUGGAGGUGAACAACUCACCUUAAAUCGACUGAGAAUGGAAUACUGGAUUCUCAAGGGAAGAAACUACGUCAAGAAGAUUCUCAGAAGUUGCAUCACGUGCACCAGACAUGCUCAGAUUACAGCAAAACAACUCAUGAGAAAUCUUCCAGAAACCAGAGUCACUCCAGCACCGCCUUUCAGUAAAUGUGGAGUAGACUAUGCCGGCCCCAUCUUUACCAGAAGAAACAAGGGUCGAGGCAAUAUUAACGAAAAAUCCUAUAUUGCCAUCUUUGUCUGCUUAGCUAUCAAAGCAAUUCAUAUUGAAGCCGUCUCCGAUUUAUCUACUGAAGCCUUCCUGGCUGCUUUACGCCGAUUUGUGGGGCGUAGAGGAAAACCAAGCUUAAUCCUAAGCGACAACGGAACCAACUUUGUUGGUGCCAAGCGAGUGCUUGACAAGGAAACAGCACGAGCUAUUCGAGACGCAUCAGAAAAUGCUGCAACACAAGUAACUCAACAGGGAAUUGAAUGA